AUGAACCAGCAAAAAUCUCUUUUUGAAAGGGCUCAGUUAUGGAUGUAUGGAAGGAAGCAAAAUGUUUUAUCUAUUUGUAGAAAAAUUGGAUAUUUAGAUAAUAAACAGAAUAAAAAAAGAAUGCAACAAAAAAAGUUCAAUGAAGAUGUCAAUUCGAGAAAAAGAUCAAUGAAUUUUUUCAAAAUUCAUAAUAUACAAGAAAAGGAGCAGACGAAUUGUAUGUCAUCGAUUAUUUUACUUAUUUUUUUAUAUUUAUUACAAGGUGUUCCAUUGGGAUUGGUAAUGGGAUCGUUACCAUAUUUGUUGCAACCGUAUCUUUCAUUUACAUCACUUGGGUUUUUUUCACUUGCAUCAUAUCCAUAUUCAUUGAAACUUUUUUGGUCUCCAAUUGUAGAUACUGUUUAUAAUGAAAAAUGGGGGCGGCGUAAAAGCUGGGUUAUUCCGGUUCAAGGAAGUAUUGGAUUAUGUUUACUUUGGAUUAGUUAUAAUAUUCAACAAUGGAUCGAAGAAGCAACGAAAUCACUGAAACAAAUAACAGCAGUAUUUUUUGUUCUUGUUUUUUUAUGCGCAACACAGGAUAUUGCUGUUGAUGGAUGGGCGUUGACUCUUCUUUCAGAGGAAAAUCUUAUUUAUGCGUCUACUGCACAAAGUAUCGGGUUGAAUACGGGAUAUUUUUUCUCUUUUACUGUUUUUUUGGCGUUUAAUUCUAGUGAAUUUUCUAAUAAAUAUUUCCGUUCUGUCAAAAAAGAUUUUGGAUUAAUAUCAUUGACUGGAUACAUGCGAUUUUGGGGAUGGGUUUUUCUAAUUUCUACUAUGUUUAUUUCAUUUUUUCAAGAUGAGCCGAGAAAAAAGUAUUCAUCUGUUAGUAUUAAAAAUGCUUAUUUAAUCAUUUUCAAUAUUAUAAAGCUUAGGAAUGUUAGGUUAUUUGUAUUUGUUCAUCUCAUUGCAAAAAUUGGAUCUUCUGCAACUGAAGCAACUUUAAAUUUAAAGCUUCUUGAAAAAGGAUUAAAAAAAGAAGACCUUUCAAUUGCUAUAUUAAUUAAUUUUCCGUUUGAACUUAUUUUUGGUUAUUAUGCUGCAAAAUGGAGCUCUAUGUCUCGGCGAUUGUUGCCAUGGACUUAUGCUUAUAUUGGUCGUUUGAUUGCUGCCUUUAUUGGUAUACUUAUUGUUUAUAAGUUUCCAUAUGAUGGUAAAAUCAAUACUGAGUAUUUUUAUAUUAUUAUUCUUCAAAACAUGAUUUCAAGUUUUAUGAACACAAUUCAAUUUAUCAGUAUUAAUGCAUUUCAUACACGAAUUGCUGAUCCAAUUAUUGGUGGAACAUAUAUGACGUUACUUAAUACCGUUUCUAAUCUAGGGGGAACUUGGCCUCGUUAUUUUGUUUUCGAAAGCAUAGAUUUUUUUACAAAAUCUUAUUGUUCAAAAAAUAUUACGAACAAAUGUAUGACUCAUGAACAAAUUACAUUUUGUAAAGAACUUAAUGGUCAUUGUAUUAAGAAAGUUGAUGGAUAUUAUAUCAUUAAUUUUCUUUCUAUUUUUACUGGGUUUUUGCUUUUUUUUAUAUUCAUAAAACCUUCUGUUGAAAAAUUACAAAAACUUCCAUUAAAAGCAUGGAAAAUUAAUAUUAUUGAUAGAAUGUCCUUUUAA